AGAUUUAUAAAGAUUGGUGGAAAUCGCUUGAAAUCAUUAAAAAAACAAAUAUUGAAGAUUAUGUUUGUGUAUUAUGCAAUGAUCUAUUAGAUAUUAUUGAAACUUUUAAAGUUAGUCGAGAGGGAUUAGAAAUUAGAAACAAGUAUACUGCAACAGGAAAAAAUGAUAUCAGAAAAUCUAACCAUGUCUUGAAAAAAGAAGAAAUGACGAUAAAGAAGAACAUUGAUGAGAAUAACACAUCAGAUAUACCAGACAUAUUAGAUACAUCAGAAGAGAUUGAUGAUAGUGAUUAUCAGUCUUCAAAUACUAUUUAUAACGAUUCAAGAGAUAUUUCACUAUCUUUGAUUUCUAUUAUAGAAGAAUAUUAUAAAAAAGAUUCAAUAUCAAAAUUUGA